AAUUGGAUUUGUGCCCUUCCAUGAAAUCGGAGCAGCUGGGGAGGAAAAGCGAACACAACGAUGUCGUUGUCGUGUUUGCCCGGCGAUACAGAGCAAGGAUCAUUUCUCGGACUCACAGCGCAGCCAGAGAAUUUUGUUCCCUGAGAAAUUUUGGAAUUUUCAUAUUACGAAGCUUGAAAGCGAUCCUCAGUGUGUCCUCCUGCCAUUCAUAUUAUUCGUGGUUCCGGUGAAACCCCUUGUCCUUAGAUUCAUCCUCAAUUGCUAUUGCUGAUUCUUCCCUCUCUUUCAACCCCACUUCCCCCAAUUCGUGAUUCUGGUUCCAAUACUAUCUCUGGAUGAGCUAAGCUGAUCCUUAUCAGGCCGCACUAUCAUGGUCCAACCAUGUUAACAUUGUACGCUCCCCGAGCUGUUUUAAAGUGCCAUCUGUAUCAGGAUUCAGCCUCUGAGCAACAAGCAUAUCCAUCCAAGAUCAAUAAUGUUAAUUUCUUAAAGUGUAGUUCUAGUUUUCCUAAACCGUUUGGGAGCCCUCACAGCACUCCAUCUCAUAGUCCUUCAUUUCCCCGGAAAUGUGAUAAGCAACAAAAAAGCCUUCAUAUAUUGCAUCAAGUUGCUACACAUAAAUGGCUGUGUGGAUUACAUGAUUCCAUCUCAUCGGAUGAUGAGUAUCGUUCAUCACGUAAUAUAGCAAUCAGCUUGUUUAGGCGAUACAGAAAUUUUGUUGAUCGUGGGGGAGGUGAAAAUCUAAAAGAGUUCAUAGCUGCUGGGGUAAAUGCAUAUGCAUUAGGAUGCACUGAUGAGGGGAUAAGGAAGGAACUGAAUGAUAUGAAAGACUCUGGUAUGGAAAUUGAAGCAAUGCAGAGUUAUGGUGGAAGCACAAGUUUGAAGUCUAAGAUUAUCUCAGAGGAGCUUAAUGAGUGCGUUCUCUGGCUAAGCAUUAUAUUCAUCACUAUCUUGUGUACACCCCAACCAACUAUUGUUAGAUGGUCAUCAACACCUCCAGUGUCAGACGAAGUGAGGCUUCAGUGGAAAGGCUUUUGCGCCCUCAUAGCGAAUGCGUAUUUUAUGAAAGGAAUGGCAUGGCUUCCUGUAAAGACUCUUCAACUGGAGCAAAUGGCUGUCAUGGAUCAAGCUGAGAAGCCAUCAGUUGUUGCUAGCCGAAUGCGAUUAGUCUUCAGCACACUUGAGGUGGUGAGUCCACAGUGGCCAAGAGUGUAGGGCAUAAGAUCUCCAGUUAGUUCCUCAAGAAUUUCUGGUUUGACUUGUAUUCCAUGUUUGCAAACCAGUGCGAUCAUGUUAAGCCUAAUGAAGGUGUCUAAGAGAAAAUAAAGGCAAACAUGUCGGGCUGCAAAUAUAUUGUAUAGUCACUCAUAAGAAAAGGAAAAGGAGGGGGACGGGGGGAUUGAAUUUGUGUUGCGGAAGUGUUGGUGUGUCCGAAUGUGGCAUAGUCAAGCAGCAGUGUUGCAUGGUUGUGUGGGAAAGAAUGUUUAAUUGUACAUUAGCACUUAUAAUAUGGUAUAAAUGAUAUCUUUCAAGUCUCA